AUGGAAGAUAUACUCAACUUUAACAAGGAAUUGGACAUCUCGCUGUUCGAUAACGUUGUGAAUGUUCUUUACAACGGAUCUGGAAAGGAGCAGCAACAAGCACAAACCAUAAUUGCUCAGUUUCAAGAACAUGAGGAUUCUUGGACAAGGGCCGACCAAAUCCUGGAACUCAGUACAAACAGUCAUAGUAAGUACAUAGCACUCAGCACUUUAGAUAAGCUAAUCAAGACGAAAUGGAAGGCGUUAGGAGUGGAACAACGGCUCGGAAUUAGAAACUUUAUCAUCAGUAUGAUCAUCAGUAUGUGCGAAGAUGACCAGGUGUUUGUUAGCCAAAAGGCGUUAAUCCAAAAGUGUGACCUAACAUUGGUUCAGAUUAUCAAACAGGACUGGCCUAAGAAUUGGCCUGAAUUUAUUCCAGAGUUAAUUGCGUCUUCAAGGGCUAGUUUCAACGUCUGUGAGAACAAUAUGGUAACUCUGAAGUUGCUGAGUGAAGAGAUUUUUGAUUUCAGUAGUGAGCAAAUGACACAGGCAAAGGCUCAAGAGUUAAAGAAUAGCAUGAGUAGAGAGUUUGGAGAGAUCUUCAAACUGUGUUUUGAGGUUCUGGACAAAGCAGAGAAGCCCUCGCUUUUGGAGGCAACUUUGAAUUGUUUGCUCAAGUAUAUUCCUUGGAUUCCUCUGGGAUACAUCUUCGAAACGGAUCUACUCAACUAUUUGAGUGAAAAGUUUUUCAAGGAUCAACAGUUCAGACUCACUAGUCUUAAAUGUCUUACUGAAGUGAGUGCGAUUCGUCCCACCCAAGAAUACGAGCAAUACUACCUGAAAUAUUUCAAGACCAUUCUCGAAGCUUUAGUCACUAUUCUACCCCCAGAUAUCGAUUUGAGACAAUCUUACGAAUAUGCUAAUACCACUGAUCAAGUUUUCCUGAAUGAUUUGGCUAUGUUUUUUGUCACAUUUUUACCAAACCACGUGUUGAGCUUAGAGAAAGACGAAAACCUCAAACAAAUGUCAAUCGUAGCCCACCAGUACCUCAUCAAUCUAUCAAAAAUUAGUGAGCGUGAGCUGUUCAAAACAUGCUUGGAUUAUUGGAAUGAAUUUGUCUCUGACUUGUUCUCAGAAGUUCAAAAAUUACCUUCCAAAGAACUAUCUCCCUUGUCACAGCUACAAUUUUCCAGUUCAUUGGGGGGAGGCGCUCCAGAUCCCGAGCUUUUAAAUCAAUUUCCGCUCCGUAAGCACCUUUAUAAUAAGAUUCUCAGUGAGCUCAGAGUUGUUAUGAUUGAUAAUAUGGUCAAACCAGAAGAGGUUCUAAUUGUUGAAAAUGACGAAGGAGAAAUCGUUCGUGAGUUUGUCAAAGAAAGUGAUACCAUUCAACUUUAUCAAUCCAUGAGGGAAGUUCUAGUGUACUUGACCCAUUUGGAUGCUGUAGACACCGAGAACAUCAUGAGAGAGAAAUUGGCUAGGCAGUUUAUGCCCUCCGUAUGGUCUUGGAACAGGAUCAACUGUUUGUGUUGGGCCAUUGGAUCUAUUUCUGGUACCAUGAAUGAAAAAAUGGAGCGUAAUUUCCUAGUUACAGUCAUCAAAGAUUUGCUGGCUUUAACCGACUUAAAACGGGGCAAAGAUAACAAAGCAGUGGUUGCUUCAAAUAUUAUGUACAUUGUUGGCCAGUAUCCUCGUUUCCUGAAAGCUCAUUGGAAGUUUUUAAAAACUGUGGUUAACAAGCUAUUUGAGUUCAUGCAUGAAUCUCAUGAAGGUGUUCAGGAUAUGGCUUGUGACACCUUUAUCAAGAUUACUGAAAAAUGUAAGAGACAUUUCGUCAUACAACAGGCAGGAGAGUCGGAACCAUUCAUCAAUGAGAUUAUUCUCAAUCUGCAAUCUAUCACUGAAGAUUUGGAACCUCAACAGGUUCAUACUUUCUACGAGGCUUGUGGGUGUAUUCUCUCAGCGCAAGAAAACAAAGAUGUGAGAGAUAAGUUGUUGAACGAUCUCAUGAGUUUACCCAACAUGGCAUGGAAUGCAAUAGUUCAACAGGCUGGUGCAGACCCUACUUUAUUGACCAACUCCGAAACAGUGAAAAUCAUAGCAAACAUCGUCAAAACGAAUGUUUCCGUCUGUAAGACAAUGGGUCAGGGAUUCUACCCACAGUUGAUACUAAUCUACGUUGACAUGCUUUCAUUGUACAAUGCCGUGUCAACCAUGAUUUCUAAUGCAGUUUCAACUGACGGCCUUAUUGCUACAAAAACCCCUAAGGUUAGGGGAUUAAGGACUAUCAAGAAGGAGAUUUUGAAGUUGAUAGAAAUUUACAUUUCCAAAGCCAAUAAUAACCAAGAGAUAGUGCGAGACCUGAUUCCUCCAUUAUUACAAGCAGUUUUGAGCGACUACAAUAAUAAUGUUCCUGAUGCUCGUGAUUCGGAGGUUCUGAAUUGUAUGUCUACCGUUGUUGACAAAGUUGGUGCUUUAAUACCUAAUGAAAUUCUGACUAUUCUGCAGAACGUAUUUGAGGUAACCUUAGAUAUGAUCAACAAGGACUUCACUGAGUAUCCAGAACAUCGUGUGGAAUUUUACAAGUUAUUGAGAGAGAUCAACAGAGUAAACUUCAACGCUUUGUUACAACUGCCAACCCAGGCAUUCCAGUCCUUUGUGGACUCUAUCUUAUGGGCCUUCAAGCAUAAUAAUAGAGAAGUUGAAGAGUCAGGAUUAACGCUGGCUGUGGAAUUGUUAAAAAACAUUCAGGACCUAGGUAACAAUGAUUUUGCUACAGCCUUCUAUCAGAAUUUCUACUUUAGCAUUCUGAGUGACACUUUCUACGUCCUGACGGAGCCCGAUCACAAAUCUGGCUUCAAUUUACAAUCGGAGCUUUUGAGUAAACUGAUUCAACUGGUGACCGAGAAUAUCAUUGCUGUACCGAUCUAUUCACCGGAUCAAGCUCCAGCUGGAACAUCCAACUUGGAGUUUGUUCGUAAUUAUAUUGGAAACAUGUUAAUGAACGCAUUCCCUCAAUUGCAAGAGCAGCAACUGGUUAACUUCCUUGACGUUGCAUUCAAACAAUACAACCUACACACUAGAUUUAAAGGAGUAUUAAGAGACUUUUUGGUGCAGAUUAAGCAAUACGGUGGGGAUCCUACGGACUAUCUGUUUGCUGAAGAUAAAGCGAACGAGCUGGCUGAGAAGAAACGGGCAGAAUUAGAGAAGGCAAAACAAAUUGGAGGCUUGAUUAAACCUAGUGAACUUGACGACUAG